AUGAUGGACUCUCGGAAACCUGCAUCUAACGGAUCUAGUCAUAACUAUAGCACUACUAUAAAAGGAUUGCAAUUAUUCAUCGCUGAUCUUCGAUCAUCCCAGUAUUCAGAUGAACAUGAAAAAAGAAUUCAGUCUGAAAUUGUCAAAAUCAAGCAACAGUUCGAUUCAGCAGCUAAAAAAUCAGCAAAUGGUAAAGAUAAAUUGGGUGGAUAUCAACGUAAAAAAUAUAUCGCAAAAUUGGCAUAUAUUUACGUCACAUCGAAUACAACAAAAUUAAAUGAUAUUCUCUUUGGCUUAGACCAGAUGCUAGAGCUAUUGGCUUCUGACUCUUUUUCAGAGAAGUUUAUGGCUUACAUGACUUUAGAGUUUCUUUAUGAGCAUGCCAUUGUAAUUUCGAAAGUUCGUGAUAAAGUUACACACCAGCUAAUAAAGGAUAUAUCUGGUAGCAAUGAUAAUUUUGUAGCUCUAGCUUUGAAUUUUAUUGGUGUUGCGGGAAAGCUCGAUAUUGAAAUGUCAAAAGAUGAUAAUUUAACUACAGAAGUCUUCCAGAUACUAAGGUCUCCUACAUCAACGGUGUAUCUGAAAAAAAAAUCAGCAUUGGCUUUUUUAACUCUGCUUAAGACGAAUCCCGGGAUAUUGAUAGAUGAUCCUCAACGUAAACAACUGUGGAUACAGAGAAUAUUAAGUCUUCUUGAUGAUACUCAAAAUUACCGUUUAAUGUUGGCUGUAUUGCCUUUGGUCGAAUAUAUCGCCAAGAAUAUUGAUUUGGAAUGUUGCAUUAGACUGCUGCGUCAAUUGACACAAAUACUUUAUAAUUGCGUCAUCGUAGGUACUUCCAAUUCUGAAAAAUUUCCUUCCGAAUUUAAAUUUGCAAAUGUGCCAAAUCCAUGGCUAAUUACCAAAAUAGUAUCAUUGCUGAGUAUCCUGAUUGUUUCUCCCACAGAGGCUAAUAAUACUUCGUCCGCAGUUUUGCAAUCGAGUAAUAUAGAUCGUGAGACCUUGGGAAAACUGAGAAUGUGCGUAACAAAAGCGAUCGAAGUAGGAACCAAAUCGUGUAAUGAUCCAAUGGAAAGAAUCGUAUUGAAUACAAUUUUGUUUUCUUUGAUAAAUUUUGCUUCCAAAUUAGACCCAUCUCCUGAAGCAAUAAGUAAUUCUGUGAGCGCACUAUGCUCUCUAUUGACUUCAGCAGAGAUAAACAUUAGAUAUCUGACUCUAGAUUCUCUGGUGAAGUUGUGUUCGAUUAGUGGCAGACACGCUAUUGAUACUGUCAGAUAUAAGAAUUUGAAUCUAAUAUUCCAUAUUUUAGAUAGUGAACGCGACUCAUCAAUUGUAAGAAAAGUUGUUGAUCUCCUCUAUACCUUUACCGAUUCUGAAAAUUUGCAGAUAAUUGUACAGAAACUAUUUGAAUACGUACAGUCAUCAAGACAUCCGACUGAUCCAUUUAUCAAAUCCGACAUUGCGGUCAAAAUUGCAAUUUUGAGCGAAAAAUUUGCUAUAGAUGCCCAUUGGUAUAUCAAUGUUUCUUUGAACUUACUUUCUUUAACAUCUAACUCAACUCUCAAUGAUGACGAGAUAUGGCAAAGACUAUGCCAAAUAGUAGUAAAUAAUACUUCAUUACACCAGAUUACCUGUGAGCAUUUAGUGGAUUAUCUUCGUGAAACUCAUACAAGUGAAGCUAUAGUCAAGACUGGUGCAUUUUUAUUGGGAGAAUACGCUAAUUUGGUUUUUGAGAAAGCUUCUGUCGGGGAGCUUUUUAAUCUGUUCACAGAUAAGUACUUUACUACUAGUAAUGUCACAAGAGCAAUGAUUUUAACAACAAUAGUUAAGCUGUACAGAUUUUCAACCGCCAUAGAAUCUGUAGUGAUAAAGUUUUUCCAGAUAGAGUUGAAUUCGUUAGAUAUUGAGCUGCAAACAAGAUCUUUCGAAUAUUUGAAUUUUGUUCAAUUAUCAAAAUUAAAUGGUAAUACAAAACUUUUGGACGUUCUUUUUAGUCCCAUGCCUCCCUUUAAUACCAGGUCUAAUCCGCUUUUGAAACGGCUUGGCAGUUUACCGUCAUCUGGGUAUAGCAGCACAUUUUCAGAAUCUAUAGGCUCCUUGCAUGGUGACAAAGAUAGAAGUACAACCCCUCCGACAUCUUUCUCUCAAGCGUCCGGCAGACCCGCUCCACCACGUUCCAGAGGAACGAAAUCUGCCAGUAUUAAUACACUUGCAUCUGAGCCAAUGCUGUCUUCCGGAUGGGAAGAAGGAUUCAGCAGAAUGCUUUCACAUAGGAAAGGUAUAUUAUAUACAUCGGGAUUUUUGAGGGUGAUUUAUCGAAUAACAAAUCCUGAGACUGAAAAUCUCACCCGAUUGAAGAUAUCCUUGACGUUUAUCAAUCAGAGCGAACUAAAAAUUAAUGGGCUUUCCACGGAAAUUAAUGCCAUCAGAACCGCUGAUAAUCCCGAAUAUGUUUUACGAAAUAUUGAACCUCCUUCUAGCAUAGACGUCAAUCCACGUGGACGUUCUGAGCAAAGUUUUGAGGUGAUCGUAAGAAAAACGUUCAGUGUAAUCGACAGUCCAACGGUCAAAGUCUACUUUAGUUGCGGUGGCAGUACAAAUUCCAUUGUAUUGAAGGCAGCAAUAGGUGUCACAAGUACCAUCACAAGCAGCGCUGCAGCGAAAAAUACGAUAUCUCUGCCGCAGUUCGUCACUAGAUGGAAAACUUUGAGAGAGGCUCUGGGAGAUGAUGGAGAAUACAUAUUGGAAAAAAUACAAUUGAGAAGGAAGAAAUCGGGAAAUCCCGACGGAGAAUAUCUUAGAUCAAUUUAUCAAUGUAUUUCAAGAAUGGGAUUUAAUAUUGUUGAACAAACGAGUGUGAACAACACCCUAUUUAUAGCUGGUAUCAUUCAUACGAAAAGUGAAGGCUCGUUUGGAUGUUUGAUAAAGUUAAAAUACGAUGAACCAAAAAGGGAGGUAUCGCUGACUUGCAGAACAACAUCUAACGGAUCCUUAGCUCAAAAUAUUUCUGAGUGCCUCAAAUAUGCAAUAUCCAAUUAA